CUGCUGGUGAUAAAACAGAAAACAUCACAGAAGUUCAACAUGUAUCGGACAGUGUGGUUGUUACUGGCGAUCCUACCAGCAGCAUUGGCUCGAGGCUCCGGACCCCCAACGUCGGAAUAUCCAACAAUAUGCAUAACAAUGGAACCCGGCCAUGGCUCCUCGCCUGCUUCAGGAAAAGCACCUUAUGCUAUCAGUUUAGAUUCUGAUACGUAUACCAAGGGUAACUCAAUAGAAGUGAGCAUCUACGCUACGGAACCGGACAAUUAUUUCCGUGGAUUCUUCAUACAAGCCCGACGUGUUGGUUUGCCGAGUUUGGACGCAGUCGGAAGCUUCAUCUCCGAACCGACAGAGGAGUCACAAUUUAUUAAAUGCGGAACACAAAAUAGUGCUUGGGGACAUGCGAACAGAAACAAGAAGACGAAAGUUACAGCAAGAUGGAUCGGUCCCAGCACCAGCUUUGGCCCUCUUGUAUUCAACGCAACGAUCGUCGGUCUUAAAAAAGAGGACUACUGGACUGGCGUUAUGUCAUCUGAAAUCUUAUAUGGAAAUGCUAAUGGCGUCAAAGGCCAAGGCUUGCUACUGUCGACGAUGGUCCUACUGGCUUAUGUACUGCACAAGUGAAUGGGUGUAUCAAGUGAUCGGGGUCUUCCACAGAUGUGUCACGCUGUUUGGAGGAGGUUCGGUGACAGCUGAAUAGAGUAAAGUCGGGAAGGAGCGUCUUACCUUAAAUCACCAAAAUUAAUAAUCCUAUUCUAACAACCAUGUACUAUUUACUUCUACAUAUGUUUCUUUAUUCCAAGUCUGUCUUUUGCUUUCGUUUCAGACUUAUUUAAACAUAAGAAAAAUAAUUGAUAAUCCUGCCUAUUACUUUUCUUUGAAUUCUUAAUCUGUAAAAUUACGUCAGACUUAAAAUUGAUCAGAAUGAGUAAUGUACAUAGCGUUUUUAUCACUGUAUGAAAAUAGACCUUAUACUGUAUGCAUACGUAUUGAGAAAUAUUUCUAUGUGAAGAGGUAUAUUGUUUUUAUUUCUCUUUUUGUUUUAAAAAUCUGUUCGUUUCAUUUUCGACGAAUUAAUCCAACAGUUGUAACACCAGGCGGCACGGGAGUGGAGUUGGAUGCCUCAAAGUUUGUAAUUUCAUUACAAAGUGUCCUAGACUUUUGUGUUAUUGGUUUCAUUUUUGCUGUUGCCGCGUUUUGUGGCUGUCAACUGUGAGAGAAACUCAGGUCGAUAGGCAAUGUUAUGUUAUGAAAUAGAUGAUUCACACAAAAUUACCGUAGCUGUCGGUUAUUUCAAGUGUAAAGUUCAAUCCUUGAAGAAAUUGCCUGGAUGUAGGCAGGUUACAUUACAACACAUGUUUCUAGCGUGAUAUAUAUUUGGAAAAUCAGAACGGACUCACAAACUUCCAUAAAGUACUACCUCCGCAGGAGCACUGUUUUCAGGGUUGAAUUGUCAGGCAUAUCAAAACCUGUCCUUGUCCCCAAAUUCACACGACCUCGUCAAAUUUGCGGCAAGUUCGACGGUAGUUUCGCUUCACAAGUUUGCAAGGUCAUGCAAACAUAUCUUCUUUUACUUGUAAAUUUAAAGAAGUGAUAGAGGAAGUGAUUCCAAAUUGUAAUAUUAUUAAGGACAAUACUUUCACGAUAUAAAUUCCACUCGAGGUUUAUUUUGUCGUUGGCUAUGACGUCUGAAUGUGGAUUUACGUACAUGAUAUUCUUCGUUCUUUUCUUAGUUCACUAAUUCACUUAUGAUCAUGAACUUCUGCACGGAAUUUCAUCUAGAUUGAAACCUCUCCAUCUUCCUUAAAACAAUACAUUCACUCACCUUCAUGGUGCUUGUAUUAAGCCAAAGAAAAUUGUGGCAAAUAAAAGGUUGUUGUAAAACUAAGCUA